GAAGCUCCCGGCCGGGCCGCGGGAGGCGGCGGAGGCGGCGACGCCGAGAUGGGGUAACCGAGACCCACUGUACGGAAGUGACUUUUACCUGAGGUCACCCAGACACUCUGGACAGGGCAGAGCUAAAGCACCUAGAACUUGAAUUUUUGGACCUGCUUCCAGGACCCUGGGGAUUUCCAUCAGGAAGGUGAGUACCCCCGCUGAGAAUUCUAGGCUGCUCAGAGGUCCCAGGGAACACUGACAAGUGGCCAGCUGUGGCAUUCUCUGUGAGUGCCGCAGGGAGGAAGAGGAGGAAGCCAGCGGCAGCCUGCGGCUCUCAGACGGGAACUCUAACUGGUUUCUGAAAGCCUGUGACAUGGUUCUCUUUCUCUGACUUGCUCGUUUGCUCUUUCUCACUCUACAAAAUGACUGGACACUCCAAAAACCAUCAGUCACCAUCCAGGGGAUUUUUUUCACCACAAGGGGUAAUUCCUGCCCCAUCCCUGCUGUGACUCAGCUGUGACGUUGAACCACCCAAGCCAGAGAGAAGAAGAUAAAGUCAUCAGAGGCUCCUGCUUACCAGAGAGGGUGGCCCAGGACAGAACCUGCCCCUGCUCUCCUCGCAGAUUCCACGGGGCUGGUCCCCGGCCCUGGAGGAGCUUAGAAGGGCCCUCUGGCCAACCUGGGACCCCGAGAUGGCUUCCAGCUCAGCCAGCACCCCCCGCCCGGCCCCUGAUGAGAAUGAGUUUCUCUUUGGGUGUCCCGCCACCGUUUGCCAGGACUCACCGGAGCCCAGGGCCCUCUGCUGCACAGGCUGUCUCUCUGAGAACCUGAGGAACGACGAGGAUCGGAUCUGUCCCAAAUGCAGAGGGGACACCCUCCAAUCUGUAAGCCCAGGAAGCCUUCUGACUCAGGAGAAGGUUCACCCCGAGGUGGCUGAGGCUGGAGUUGGAUGCCCCUUUGCAGGUGUUGGCUGCUCCUUCAAGGGGAACCCACAGUCCAUGCAGGAGCAUGAGGUCACCUCCCAGGCCUCCCACCUAAACUUGCUGUUGGGGUUCAUGAAACAUUGGAAGGUCCAGGUGGGCUCUGGCCUGGGAUCUGGGCCCAUGGCUCUGGAGCAGAACCUGUCAGACCUGCAGCUGCAGGCAGCCGUGGAGGUGGCGGGGGACCUGGAGGUGGACUGCUACCGGGCACCUUGCUCUGAGAGCCAGGAGGAGCUGGCCCUGCAGCACUUCAUGAAGGAAAAGCUCCUGGCCGAGCUGGAGGGGAAGCUGCGUGUGUUUGAGAACAUUGUCGCCGUCCUCAACAAGGAGGUGGAGGCCUCCCACCUGGCCUUGACUGCCUCCAUCCACCAGAGCCAGCUGGACCGUGAGCGCAUCCUGAGCUUGGAACAGAGGGUGGUGGAGUUGCAGCAGACCCUGGCCCAGAAAGACCAAGCCCUGGGCAAGCUGGAGCAGAGCUUGCGCCUCAUGGAGGAAGCCUCCUUCGAUGGCACCUUCCUAUGGAAGAUCACCAAUGUCACCAGGCGGUGCCACGAGUCAGCCUGUGGCAGGACCAUCAGCCUCUUCUCCCCAGGUCAAUACUGUGGGACUUCUGCCCUCAGGAAGCCAAUGACCCGAAAUAAGACAACUUUCUACACUGCCAAAUACGGCUACAAGUUGUGCCUACGUCUCUACCUGAAUGGGGAUGGCACAGGAAAGAGGACCCACCUGUCACUCUUCAUCGUGAUCAUGAGAGGAGAGUAUGAUGCUCUGCUGCCGUGGCCUUUCCGGAACAAGGUCACCUUCAUGCUGCUCGACCAGAAUAACCGUGAGCACGCCAUUGAUGCCUUCCGGCCCGACCUGAGCUCAGCGUCCUUCCAGCGGCCUCAGAGUGAAACCAACGUGGCCAGUGGCUGCCCGCUCUUCUUCCCCCUCAGCAGGCUGCAGUCACCCAAGCACGCCUACGUGAAGGACGACACCAUGUUCCUCAAAUGCAUAGUGGAGACCAGUGCUUAGGGCAGGCAGGGAUCCUCAGGGAGCACGGACUCAGACGGGGAGGCCUAGCAGGAUGGCUGUGAUGUCUUGCCCUUGGCACCCAAGAUCCCAGGGCACAAGGAUGGGAUGAUCUGAAUAGGACUGACGGGUGACUGGGGCUGUCCACCGGCUUAGGAUGGCAGGACCUGGGGCUGGGCCUACAGAGGCAAGGGAUCUGGAAAAAGGCAGGUUAGGAUUGCUCUCCUCCACACCAACCACACAACACUAGAAGGCCGGGGAGCCACUCCAGCCCUGAAUGUUGAUGUGGACUCCAACCAAAAUGGGGAGAAAAUGGGGCCAGGCCUGGGGCACGGAUGCUGAACUGGAACUGUGGGACCUGAUCAGAGAAGCUCUUGGGAUAGGGAGGUCUCUGCAGAGCCACCGAGGAGAGCUGGAAACAUGCCUGCUCUCCUCCUGCCCAAGGGCAGAACCAGGACCAGGCGGUGGAAGGGACGGGGUGCCAACAUGAAUUCAAUCUGGCCCGGUAUGAGUUCCCCAUCACUGGAGGUGAACCAGCAAAUCCAGAUGGCUAUCCUGGGGGAGGGGGCAUCAAACUGGGGGUUGGGUUUGAAAAUCUUUAAGGAUCCUUCCAGCCUAGAAAGUCUCUAAUUCUCAACUUCCAGGCCCAGAUGAGGCCUGCGGCUGCAGGGGGUUCUGAAAACAUUCAGGAACCUCAUGCCCUCCAGAUUCCUCUCUCAUCAUCCAUACCCCCAGGGGGGUUGAGCUGGCCCACAGGCACCUGCUACCCUGGGCCUGGCUCCCCGACAGGCAGGAGCACACAGAGCCCCUGCGACUGUGCCUCCACCAGCCAAAGUCCCCUUCCCUUCAUCCAGGUGAAACAAGGUCACUGAGUUCCCAGGAACAGACAAGAGUGCAGAGGAGGAGAGAGACAUACACUUUCCACUUUCCCUGCCUGCACCUCUGAAGCUUUCCAGAAUCCCAUGUCACCUAAUUAACCAAGGUAUCUACUUCUCUCAGUUGAUUGAUCAGGGCUGCUGAGCCACCAAGCAGAGAUUGUUCUUUUAAAUAUGUAUAAAAUAAUUUUUUUAAAUUUU